AUGUAUUCUCCAUUUUUAACGUUUGUCGGCUUCUUAUUCCUCAUGCUAGUAACUUAUAAUAGUGCAACUCUUUUCCUAGAUUUUUCAUAUUUUUCUACUACAAACCAAAUUAUCAACGAACUAAGGUUUACGAACAGCACUACCGUGCUUGGUUUUGAACAUGCUUAUGUUAUUAAUCUUGAAUAUCGAGAUGAUAGACGUAAAAAAAUGAAAGCCUUAGGAGAUUACCUUGGUUUAGAUCUUGAUAUUAUCAAAGCAGUUAAUAAAUUUGAUGAUAGAGCACUUAGCAAACUUAAUAUGAGUAACUUAGAAGCUGGUCCUAAGGCUUGUUAUCUAAGUUAUUAUUCAGUCAUUGAAUCAAAUGUUAAAAAUGGUUAUAAAAAUGCAAUAAUUCUUGAAGAUGAUGUGGAUAUGGAACUUAACAUUACUGAUAUUAUGUCUGAAGUUCAUCGCAAUUUACCUAAUAAUUGGGAUAUUCUAUAUCUUGGAAGUUGUCAUGAGAAAGGCAACAAACUUAUUAAAACUAAUUUAACUAUUCAUAAAUUACAUAAAUCAAGAUAUCCAAAAUGUACACAUGCUUAUGCUGCUUCUACUAAAGGGGCUAAGAAGUUAUUAAAAAAACUUAAAAUUGGCAACACAACAGAUAAGAUUGAUAGAGAAAUACCUGCUCUUAUCGCAGCCGGAAAAAUAGUUAGUUAUUCAAUUUAUCCACAAAUUGUUGUGCAAAUUAAGGGUGCUAAUGACCUAUCAGAUGUCACUCCUGAUAGGAAAAACCAGAUAGAACUUAUCCUUUAA